GCGACAUUCGACAGAUCGACUCGACGUUUCUCAGAAAAUUAAGUUGAUUUUGUGUAUGGAGAAGGUUUAGCAUUGUAGUGUUUUAAAAUUUUAAGAACUUUUGAAUGAGAAAUUAAUUAUUAUUUACAUAAUGAUGGGUGCGAUAUAUAAAUUAACAGAUCCAAUUUAAUCGUUAAAAUCACAAAUGGCUGCGGAUUUGCUUUUAAAAACGAGCAAGCAAGCGAAGUAUAAUAUAUCGUAUAGGAAAAUUCUGUAUCAUAGGUUCUUCGUGGGUUUACUGUUGUUUAUAGUGAUAUCAUUAGUGUUUACUGUAGUGUAUGUUUUCUCGGGAAGUGUACCGCGGACAAAUUUUUAUGAAGUAGUAAAUUUGGAAGCUGUUAAUUUACCUAUUCAAAAACUUUCUAAUGAAUAUGCGUUUUCGGCUUCUCGUGUGUUAAAUUGCACGUAUUGGAAUUGCUUUAAUGUUUAUAAAUGUGGCCGAGGAGGGCAUGAUAAAAUAACAAUAUACAUAUAUCCACCACAAGACUACAGAACUAAUGAUGGGAGAUCAGUUUCACGUUUUUCUAGAGAAUUUUUUGAGAUUUUAGAAACAAUAAAGAGUAGUAAAUAUUAUACUCCUAAUCCUGAUGAGGCAUGUUUGUUAGUGCCUAGUAUAGAUACAUUAAAUCAAAACACAUUUUCAAGCUCACAUAUCUCUCAAGUUCUGCAGUCAUUAAAACAUUGGAACAAUGGAGAAAAUCAUCUCAUCUUUAAUAUGCUGCCAGGAUCGGAACCAAAUUACAAUACUGUUAUUGACCUUAACACAAGUUAUGCAGUUAUAGCAGGAGCUGGAUUUGAUACAUGGACUUUUAGAUAUGGAUUUGACAUAUCAAUACCACUCUACAGUCAUAUUGCCUCUAAUAUCAACAGUACACAGCCAAAACAAAAAGAUUACUUAAUAAUUUCAACACAGAUCAAUAUACCAGAUGAUUAUUUAGCAGAACUUCAAGGUAUUGCAUCAUCAUCAAAUGACCUAUUACUGUUAGACAGUUGUAGGAAUGAGAGAAUUGAUUUCACAAAGAGGUGUGAGUACACUACUGGAAAGCAAUUUGAAUAUCCAGAGGUAUUAAAACAUGGAUUAUUCUGUUUAGUUGUUCGAAGUGCUAGAUUGAUUCAGACUGUUCUAAUGGAUGUAUUAGCGUCGCAAUGCAUUCCAAUAAUUAUAGCAGAUACUGUAGUAAUGCCAUUCAAUUCUCACAUUGAUUGGAAUCGAAUAGCAAUUUUUAUAUCAGAGGACAAUAUAAAAAAUGUAUUAAAAAUCGUACAUUCAGUGAGCAAUGAACGACGUGGAGAAUUAUAUUGGCAAUUAAGAUGGGUUUAUGAAAGAUACUUUGCUAACAUAGAGAAAAUCACUAUGACGACAUUGGAAAUUUUAAAUGAAAAAGUUUUUCCAUUGUCAGCAAGAAUGUAUGAAGAUUGGAAUAUGCCAGAGCAUUUGUACGGGCCUGUGAAUCCCCUUUUCCUCCCAGUAACAGCACCAAAGGCGCCAGGCUUCACGGCUGUCAUAUUGACAUAUGACCGCGUCGAUAGCCUGUUCACGCUCAUCAGAAAAUUGGUGCGAACGCCCAGCCUAGCGAAGAUUUUGGUUGUAUGGAAUAACCAGAAAUUGCAACCACCGCCCGCUUCCGAGUGGCCAGUGAUUAACAAGCCGCUGAAAGUGAUACGAACGAAAGAGAACAAACUGUCGAAUAGGUUCUUCCCCUACGAUGACAUUGAAACUGAAUGUCAGUUGACUAUUGACGACGAUAUUAUUAUGUUAACCCCUGAUGAAUUGGAGUUUGGGUUUGAUGUGUGGCGAGAGUUUCCAGAUCGGAUAGUGGGUUUCCCAUCCCGUCUGCACGUCUGGGACAAUGUAACCGCCACCUGGAAGUAUCACAGUGAAUGGACGAACGAAAUAUCUAUGGUGUUAACUGGAGCAGCAUUUCACCACAAAAUCUGGUCGUGGUACUACACACAUAAGAUGCCUUCUGAGAUUCGGCAAUGGGUGGACGACAACUUCAACUGCGAAGAUAUCGCAAUGAAUUUCCUCGUCGCGAAUGUCACAAGAAAGGCACCUAUUAAGGUGACACCGCGAAAAAAGUUCAAAUGCCCUGAAUGUACGAACACCGAAAUGCUUUCGGCGGACGCUAAACAUAUGACGCAACGUUCUGCUUGCAUCGACAAAUUCACGAAAAUAUAUGGCCAUAUGGCCUUAAAAUCGGUGGAAUUUAGAGCUGAUCCACUGCAAUAUAGAGAAACAGGGUCCGGCAUACCCCAAUUGUAUCCAGAAAUUGGGGCUUUGUGAGUAUUUACCCGUCGAUAUUAAGAUAACCUAGAUCGCCUAGAGGCUUUGGAAACCCAGUGUUUAAAAUCGCGCGAAAAGCCUACAACUAAAACUUGUACUUUGUUGGUACCGGUUCAUUAGCAUUUAUAAAGAAAUAAAAAAUGUUUAAAAAUUGCAAAUUUAGGAGGUGCUCAAUUCUAAAGCCACUUUCACGUCACGAUUUUUAAAUAGCCAUUUUUUAAAUUAAAAAAAAUGUCUGUCGUACGAAACGAAUACGUGCGUGACGCGUACGUUACGUAUGUACGUUUUAUAAGUGUAAGAUAAAGGUUCGAAUGAGGUGGCCUAUAGAUGUGUGUUAAAGGGUGCGUAGAUCAAGUAGGGCCACCAUUUAUGUUUAAGUCAAUUUUUUGACAAUUUGUACGUUUCAAUGUCGCAUAAAGUGUAAGGAAUUGUUAUUUCAUAUGAAAACCAUUCUGUUCGUAAUGUCUUGUAAUGUCAAUCUAGAUGUUUAAUGUUAAGUCGUCUUUGAAUAGAAAUGGGCUUAAUUUGAAAUGUCUGGUUUUUGGAUUUUAUUCUGUUUAAAAUCUCGAUUGACAAUACAAUUGCAGCGCUCCUAGUUUCGGAUGUGUGGACAAUAAAUUUUGAAGGCUGUAAGCAAAGUUAAUGGGAAUCGUCCCAUGAACCAGGGUAAAGUAGAAUUAAUGACUCAUUUAUAUCCUUUUCACAUUACCAUACUUUACCUUUUUUCUUUAAUGUAAAGAAAAUUUCGCAUAAUAUUUUAAAAUUGACUACAUGAGAGAAGAUCUCAUAGAUUUUGUCUGUGCCAUUUUAUUUUGAAACAGCUGUUGUAGAUUUAGUUUCAUUAUUUUUUGUUAAAUCUGUUACAUUGAAGUAAUUUAAGUAUUUUAUAGCACAAUCAUAUAAGUACAUAAAAGCCCUGAUAUUUUAAAGUCCCAAACAUAUCCGUCGAUACUGUAGAACACUAUAAUAUAAGGAAGGCUGAAUUAGUUCCGAUGUCGACGUAAGAUGGCGUUACAUUAAGUUUUCCUAUAUUCUUUAUUUUUAAUCCUUAACUUUAAUAAUAAACAAAAAAUUAACAUAUAUUGUGAGCUUCUGUUGCAGAAGAAUCUUAUUGUAAUACUAAACAUUCUUUAAUCUUAGUAGUUGACGCAAGUACCAAAAGAUUCGACUUCCGGCUUAAUAACUGUAAAACGUGUACAAAAAAGUCAUCAUGCUCUUAUUACAAAUACAAAAAGUAUUCAAUAUUAUAAAGAUGACCUGUUAGCAGUUUUUAUUACAUUUAAUAUCUAUAACUUAUUUUUCAUUGAAAAAAUAUUUAGUUGGAACGGAUUUUUGAAUGAAAUAUAUCAAAUGUCACAAAUCAGACAUAAUAAAAUAAAUUUUAUUAAUUUAUAUUAUAUGUUUCAUAGAUAUAAUUGGAACUAAAAUUCGAUAUUGUGUUAGAAGUAUGUCCCUAGAAAUGUAAAAAUCAAAUUCUAAAUUAUUACAUUUGAGAAAUGUAGUUUAGGUAUAUAGUCCAUUUUGACAUAUCGGUGCUUGUAAAAAGAAAGAUUAUUCCAAAAUGAAAGUGUAGAUAAUAUAUGGGGAACGCACGAAUGUAGAUGAUAGGUGUAGAAAACAAUUAUUUUUUGUAUCGAUCUUUUUCUUUAGCUAAGUAAAUAUUAUUUAAUCUGGGUGUAAACUAAGAAAAGAUUUUUCUAUCGUACAAAUAUUGACUUUAUGUAUCCUAACUUUGACAGAACGAUUGAUUAUUGUAAAAAACGCCAUCUAUCGGCGAAAUACAAAUAGAUAGCUUAUUAUUGUUUAGUUAUUUUAAAAACAAAUACAAAAUAAUUGAAUUACAUAAUUAUUAUAAUUUAAUGUUUGACAGAAAAAGCAUGAACAGUUUUCCAAAUAACUACGAUAGAAAAACCUUAUUUUAGAUGUUUAGCAACUUAGUUUGUACGAAAUCGCCAUCUUGUAUAGUUUAUUCCACUACUCGUUUGACUGAUGUCAAAAACGUAUAAUGUUAGAUAGCGUAAUAAUUUACUAUAAGUAUAAAAUAUUUUUUACUUUUAUAAGAUUCCAUAUUUCUGUUAAAUUUAAGCACCGAUUUUAUAUGCCAUUUACAUCUUUAUUUAUUAGUUUUUGUACAGUGAAUGAAUUUUAUUUAAGUCGCUUAGAACAUCGUAGCCAAAGAAAUUGACAGCUAGUCUUGUGUAAUCAUUCGCAUUUAAAUGAGUUAGAUGAAGUUACCAACGUUAUUUAAACGACAGACUGAACUAUCACUGUGUGUUAGAUAAUUGCUAGUAUUAGUUGUAGGUGUGUUGUCUGUCUCAUUUGAUUCGAAAUGUUGGUAACAUUAUUGUAUUAUUUUACACGAAAUUAUAAUUAGUUUUAAUACAUGAAAUGUGUUAAUAGGCCUAAAUUUUUAUUUGAUAGUUGAAUUGAUUUGUCUAAAUUUUAGGCCGUAUUGUAUCAAUCUUUUAUGUAUGAUUUUACAUCGUAACUUAAAAAUAAGUACAUAUUUUGUGUUAUUUUUAUAUAUUUUAAUUUUUGAAUAUCACACAAGAUAUUUUAUGUGUUUGUAGAAGUGUGUUUAGUGUAAGCGAGUACUUAAUAGAUUAUUUGUUGCAUUGUACAGUGUGUAAAUAGUUUAUUAUACUGUGUAUAAAAGAAGACAUAUCAAUUUGUAA